AUGGCGCCAUCAACAUGGUACGCUGAGGAGGUGCGAGCCAAUAUUAAGAACCAGGGAGAGACCAUCAAGAAGCUGGAAUUCCAAGUGGGAUGCUUAGCUGAGAAGAUUCCCAAACCUACUGAUGGCUUCCCAAGUGAUACGGAGAAAAACCCAAGAGGAGAAGCAAAGAAAGUAAGAUGGAAAGAUUGCAAAAUGAACACUACAAGUGAUCAAGAGGAUGAAGACAAGCAAAGCAAACUCUCCCAACAGCCUGAAGACAACUCAACAGAGGAGGAGGAUAGAGAUCACCAAGAACCAGAAAUCUCACAACAAGAGUUGCUUAAGCUCUAUGCACCAUUUCCCCAACUGCUCAAUGGUGCUGUGGGGAAGAGAAUAUACUCAAGGUUCCUAGACUUAUUUGCGUCUCUGCAUGAGAACAUACCAUUCAUCAAGGCCAUCCAACAAAUGCCUGCAUUCAUCAAGUAUAUGAAGGAACUUCUUUCCAGGAAAAGCUCACUCAAAGGAGGCCAAACUAUAGUGUUGAACAAGGAAUGUAGUGCCCUUAUUCAACCUGAGUUGCCUGCAAAAAGAAAAGACCCAGGGAGUUUUCACAUCCCCUGUGCCAUAGGAGAAACAAUGUUCGAUAGAGUACUCUGUGAUUUGGGGGCAAGCAUCAACUUACUGCCAUUGUCCUUGGUAAAGAGGCUACAAAUCAAUGAGAUAAUGCCCACAGAUGUGGUCAUCAGACUGGCUGACAAGACUCAAAAGCAAGCAAUAAGAGUGGUGGAAAAUGUGUUGCUAAAGGUUGGGAAAUACUUUCUCCCAACAGACUUUGUCACCCUAGACAUGGAAGAGAGUCACACUCACCCAAUCAUAUUGGUUUGA